AUGGGCGGCUCGGCCAUGGCCGCCUGCUGGGACAAGUGGACAGGCCGCUACGUGCUCAGCGUGGCCACAGGCGCCGGUGCCGUCUACCUGCUCUACAGGACCAUCCAGGCGGGGCUGAGCUGCCCCCCCGGCGGCGCCGAGCCCCCCAGCAUCGCCCGGCUGGCCAUGGCACGGGACGGUGGCGACUCGCGGGAGCUGCGCAAGCUGCUCACGGCGCUGGGCCAGCGGCAGGACGGCUACGCRCGCAGCAUGGUCCUCAACAGCAUCACCCGCUGCGUCUACCUGCUGGAGGCCGAGGCGACCGCCUGCACUGCCGAGGACAUCCGCCUGGUGGCCUCCUGCCUGGAGGAGGGAGACAGGGAGAUCGCCAUCCAGGCGCUCAACGCCCUCAAGGCCUUCGCCAGCAUCCGCAAGUUCCACGCACAGAUCCAGGAGUACGUGCCCAAGGUGCUGGAGCUGGUGACGUCCACAUGGGAUGCGGAGAUGCACGUGGCCGGGCUGCGGCUGCUGCAGGCGCUGCCGCUGCCGCCGCCGCUGGAGCCGCUGCUGCGCCGCGCCGUGCCCGCCCUCGUCGACUUCCUGCAGGCCGACGGGCCCCUGGCGCAGGUGCAGGUGCUCAAGCUGCUGGUGAAGCUGGCGCACAGGGAGGACCUGCUCUACGACAUCCUCAACUGCCAGGUGCAGCCCGACUUCCUGAGCCUGCUGCACGCGUCGCAGCCCGGCACGCUGCUGCGCGAGAUGCUGCGGCUCGUGGAGGUGCUGCACGAGGGCAGCCAGCGGCCCGCGUUCCGCGCCGCGCGGCGCCCCUUYGGCGAGCGCUCGCUGCAGCGCGCGCUCUUCGGCGAGGACUCGCGCCUGGCCGAGCGCCUGCUCGCCGUCUUCGUGCACCCCGAGGAGGAGGUGCAGCUGCAGGCCUGCAAGGUCAUCCUCAGCCUGCAGCUCGCCAAAGAGGACGCAGCCAACGGCAGUGCCGCGGGUGCUGAUGCUGAUUUCGAAACCACCUUCGGCUCCUUUGAGAGCUCCUUCUUUGAGGGCGCAGAGAGCACCAGCUAA